UUUGUUGUUUCAAAUCAAGUAAUUGAUUAUCUCGAGAUGAAGCCCACCGUUGUGGCCGACGAAAUGUUUCCCGAAGGCGCUGGUCCAUAUAUGGAUCUUGAAGAGGCUGGUGGAUCCAGUGGAUUGUUGAUGGAUCUUGCUGCUAAUGAAAAAGCGGUGCAUGCUGACUUUUUCAAUGAAUUCGAUGAUUUGUACGAUGACGAGGAUCUGAACUGAUGAAUACUGUGCUCAGCAAAGAUCUUAAAUUCUUUUCAACUUGAUAAGUUCGAGUAAUACUGUCGUGAUAAUUCGUGGAAGAAAAUGAAAUCUUCACAAUACUGAAUAAACUGUUCUUAUAAAAAUAUGUGUUUCUUCAUUGUAAAAUAAUUUUGUUCGACAUUCAUUUCACUUUCGUGUGAAUUACUAUGAAGUUCCCAGAUACCAGUCUGAGUUUUUUUUAAUAUAAAAUUAACUGUAUAAAUAAAUUAAUAAUGAAACUAAACAUCACGAAUUGCUGUAUAACUCAGAUUUCAGGAUGCUGUUAAAAUCUGAGCAGAUUUAUCUACAUAGACCACAAAUGACAACCAAAAGUAGCCAAUAAUAGAAAGAACUUAGUUAACUGAAAAUGAUACUAAUUUAUUCAAGUGGCAUUGAAAAAUAUUUACAUCUAGCCAGAAUAUAGUGCCUCAUAUAUCAAUUGAAAAUAAAAAUUUUGUAUUAGCCUAAAUAAUGGCAAAAAUUCAGACAAGCUUAAGUAUAGCAUGAACAAUAUAAUAAUUUAAUAACGACCAAUUAAAAUAAAUGAAAGGUCCAAAUUUAUUUACAAUCAUUCAAUUAAUCCAGCUAUUUAUGAAAUGUUGUAAUAAUUAUCGUGUACAAGACACUUUUCUGGCAGAUAACCGAAGUUUCUGCUUUACAGACCCUGUCCUCAUGGUACCUAUUCAGUGUUAGAUCAGUUACCAUCAGUAACACAUGUUUGUAGGUAGCUGACCUCUAAAAUCAUUUACAAACCUAAACAUAGGUUGCAAUUAUUA